CGACAAUGGCUUGUUACCAGCUGCCGGCUGUGGCCACAUGAAGUUACCAGUAUUUACAGACUAAUUGCAUAUAGCAAAGUUGAAGGCAGAUUGAGACGGAAGCUAAUGUUUAAUUUGUUUUAGUUAUAAUCAAUUUAUCAAGCCUUUGAGAUAGUCCAGUACAUAAUGCACUAGACUAACCCGUUACCCGGCCUUUCAUCUGACUUUAAGACGCGGCACAGACAUUGCCACGACGUGCAUAGACACGAAACGGGUAAAUAAGACGCAAGAUAACAGCAGCAGGUGAGCGAUCUUUGCCUCCUAUUGUUUGGUAAUGCGCUCGGGAUAAGCCAUACGUCUUUUACAUUGGCCAAAUACCCCGCACCGAUAUGACCGCAGCUGCAUCAUUCAUGGCGUUGAACCGCUCUGCAUGUCGGCCGCAGUCCAAACAACUAUAUAUAGAGCCCAGUGCGUGUGAAGAGUCUUUGGGGCUCCCGAAAAUUUCUUAAGAGGUAUUCAAAUCAACUCAUCACUAUACAAAAUGACUCGCGAUUCUCAUAUCCCAUUGACUAAGUCUACUAAGACGGACUUCCACGACGUCUAUAAUCAGCUCGACCCACGUGCCUACUAUGCUGCCCUGGAGCCGUUUUCUUACCAAACUCCACAAAAUGCAUCGGCGCUAGUAGGCUCUCUGAUCGACGCCUCGGGAUGCCGCCAUGGCUCUGGUCGCUUAGUGCUUGAUGUAUGCUGUUCGUAUGGUAUCAAUUCAGCGCUGCAGAGCCGCAGCUUGACGUAUGAUGACUUGACUCGUCACUAUGCGGCUUCUAAAAUACCCCCAAAGGAACAGGCAGCCGCUGAUAGACUCUUCUUCGACGCGCAAAUCGACUCGCCUGUCGCGGACAUACUCGGUCUAGACACUGCUACGAAUGCCAUACAAUAUGCCAAAACAGCAGGCCUCAUUGUCAACGGAUGGGAUGAGAAUCUCGAAUUGGGACCCCCAUCUGAUACUUUACAGAGAGCCCUCAAGCAUGUGGGCCUUGUUAUAUGCACUGGUGGCUAUGCGUAUGUCGCAAACUCCACGUUUGAUCGUAUUGUGUCUUGUGUCGAAGACCGUCAAACGCUCUGGAUCAUGGUCUCAGUCUUGCGAACUUUCUCUUUCGACUCAACUGCAAAGAAACUGGAGAAAUAUGGACUAGUAACUGAGAAGAUUCCCGGGGCCCGGUUCCGUCAGCGUCGCUUUACUUCCGUUGAAGAACAGGAUGCUGCUAUUCAUGACGUCCUCGCUCGAGGACUGGAUCCGACAGGUUUCGAAGCAGAUGGGUGGUACUAUACAGAAUGCUAUUUGUGUCGGUCUUUGGACGAGGUUGAGAGAGUGCCCAUCGAAGAAAUCGUCAUCGACCGUCUGGCUGCCAUCUAAGGCUACAGCCAUCCACUGUCCGUUUGCCGGUUAUGACAAGUCCAUGUUAAAUAAACUGAUUAUCUUUUAUAAAACCACCAGAAAUACCUCUUGUUUUAAAACUCAAGCCGAAAAUACACUUUGCCCCAACGAAUAAUCAGAG